CUAGAAGGACAUUGGGAAAUAUUUCAUACUGCCAACAGUCUACUGUAACUUUCCUGUGAAGUGGUGGCUGCAUUGCUGGUGGGGUGUAUCCAACUGUCAAUGUACGUCAUAUGCUGUGUGCUGCAUGUAGUAGUGUGAAGUUAAAGAGAGCAGGUUGGAACGUGGGAGAUAGUUAAUUGGCGAUUUCUGAAGAAUUACUGUAGUGGCUUGGCAGUUAUGGAUGGUUUUGGUGAUAAUUUCGAUCAACCUGAAGUUGAUCCAGCAGCAGAAUUCCUAGCUAGAGAACAAGAUCAACUUGCCGGAUUAGAGGAUGAAUUAAAUCCUGGAAAUGCACCACCUGCUGCAGACGAUGCCAUGUUUGGUACACAAGGUUCUGCCCCUCUCACUGGUAGUUUUGAGAUGAUUGAUAAUUUUGGACAACAGGAUGGGUUAGGACCAGACCUUUUAUCAUCAGCUCCAGAAGGUGUUCCUUCAGAGGUGAAAGCAGAAUCAGAGCCACUUGAUGCAGAAUCAAAGGAAACUGAAGCAGAAAAUUCAGCAAAAGUUCAGCUGGAUGGUUUAACUAGUCAGCCAAAAAUAUUUUCGACACCAACACCUCCAAAACCGGUUGUAAAGGAAGAACCAGAAAAAAUUAGGAAGUGGAGGGAAGAACAGAAGAAACGCCUUGAGGAGAAAGAUGCUAAUGAAGAAAAACGGAAGGAAGAACUACGGGAGCAAGCUAAGAAAGAGCUGGAAGAAUGGUAUAAGCAUCAUGAGGAGCAGAUAGCCAAAACAAAGGCGGCAAAUCGGGAAGCAGCUAAGAAUGCUGAGAAACAAUUUGUUGCUGAAGCAGGAGAAAUUGAGCCAGGCACUGAGUGGGAGAGGAUUGCAAAGCUGUGCGAUUUCAACCCCAAAUCAAGCAAGACCAGUAAGGAUGUCUCCCGCAUGCGUUCCAUUAUUCUUCAGUUGAAACAGACUCCUCCUGCAGCUAAGCGUGCUUGAGGAUAUAUUCAGCAAACUGAAUAAACAACAUGUCACCUUGUAGUUAAGAAAUGUUGUUAACUGUCGAAUCAUUACCUAAACAUGUAGGGAAUAUCUGAAAAAUUCUAUAUUUUCAUGUUGAAAAUAAAUGCCUCACUUCAAUAUAA